GAGACCAUGCUUGAGUCAUUCUGUUACUUCUCUACCCUCCUGCUGCUAGUAGCGGGAGUAGAAAUCCGCCUGUAUGUGUCUCCUUCUGGGUCAGACACCAACAAUGGACUGACCCUGUCAAGUCCUUUGAAAUCCGUUCAAAAGGCGGUUUCCCGACUCGAUGACUCAGACGUUGCUGGAAAUGAUGUUAGCAUUGAACUGACACAAGGUUAUCAUGACCUCAGCCAAUCCGUGACUUUGAACAAGAAUUACGGACAUAGGGUGACGUUCAGAGCGUACAACGGACAGGAGGUUCACGUGACAGGUGGUAAACGACUUGGAAACCAUUUGUUCCAUCCAGUCAAAGACCCACAUGUGUUACAGACUCUGCCUACAACAGCCCAUAAUAAGGUCCUGCAGUUAAAGUUAACGGAUGCUGGUAUUCCGCUGACUCAGUUAGGACACUUGGGUAAGUUUGGAUUUGCCGUUCAGCGCACAGCUCCACUGGAGGUGUUCUACAACGGGAAACCUCUCCGUCUGGCAAGGUGGCCAAAUGACGGCUCCUACAAAAACGUUGUCACAACCCCAGAUGGUCCCCGAGGUCAAAAGUUUACGUACAGCCAUUCUGCUGUUGGUUCGAGAGCACAGAAGUGGGCAACAGAGAAGGAUUUGUGGGUGUACGGAUUUUGGUAUUGGGAUUGGGCGGACGAAUCAGCCCAUGUUGCUAAAGUGGACCCAUCUAACAACAUGAUCACACUGAGCACAAAACUACGUUAUGGCAUGAGACCAGGACAUUUUACACUGGGACCAAAUUCUGGAUACACCAGCCAAGGCGCAUAUUUCAACGUGUUCAAUGCAUUGUCAGAACUAGAUCAACAGGGAGAAUACUACGUCGAUAAGGAGACCGGCAUUCUGUACGUUUGGCCUCCCGAGCAUAACGGGCAGGUCGAGACGAGCGAUAUCAUCUACACUUCCUUGAUUAAUGAUCUGUUUCAAUUUUCGAAUGUAUCGUCAGUAACAAUGGAAGAUCUCAUACUGGAGAAUUGCCGACAUAAGGCGAUAGUGGGAGACCAUCUGGACAAAGUGAAGCUGCAAAGGCUUGAAAUUAAAAAUACGGGUUCUUACGGGAUGACGGUGAAGUCCAGUAAACACGUGACCAUUCGUCAGUGUGAAAUCCACGAUACAGACGGAGGAAUAGAAAUAGAUGGUGGUGAGAGGAAAACACUGACGUCAUCGGGCAACCUGGUGGAAAACAACCACAUAUGGAGUUUCUCUCGGGCUGCUGCUAUGAAUCAGCACGGCAUCAGUGUCACUGGGGUAGGGGCAGUGCUGCAGUUCAACCAUAUCCAUGAGGGACGGUAUACCGGCAUCUGGUGGUUGGGUAAUGAUCACACGAUAAGGAAAAAUCACGUUCAUCAUCUGUGCACGGGAGCCUCUGACUGUGGCGGGAUUCACACCGCACGAGACUGGACAAGUAGAGGAAAUGUCAUCAAAGAGAACCACAUUCAUCACGUGCUCCGCUACAUGCCUGGUGCGCAUGUCCGGGGAAUAAUGCUGGACGAUCAGUACUCCAGCGUAACGAUAGAAAAUAACGUAUUCCACGACAAUGAGUUGCAUAUCAACAUCGGCGGAGGCAGAGACAACAUUGUUCGCUACAACGUGUUCUACAAUGCUACGCACGCAGCUGUCGGAGUGGAUGCUCGUGGGAAGGAGAAAGUGAACUCUAGGGUCUUGUUUGAGAAAUUAAAGGCAAUGCCGUACACAAAUGCCCUCUGGACUAGCCGCUACCCUAAGCUAGCUCGCAUAGACAACGAAGAACCUAGUCUUCCCAAAGGAAACGAAAUUUACCAGAACGUCUUCUAUGGAGGAUCGUCAUCUAUAUUUGUGCCUUUAACAGGUUAUGACAGAACUGACUGGUAUAACGUACAUGAUAACUACCUGAGGUCAGGGCCGUCACUUCUACCCUGCUGCCAGUGA